GUCUCCCAGCAAUGAUCACUUACUCCAUGCUAUAUAACCAGCCAUGCUCCCCUGCUUCGUGCUCCAAUCGCGAUGACAGAACAAGUAUUUCGCCUUAUUCCUGCAACGCAGAACUUUCCAUGGGGGAAGAAAGGGAGCAGCUCACUGGUAGCCCAGCUCGCUGACGGCGCAGGCAUACCAGAUUUCAAAACAGACGAAUCAAAGUCCUAUGCAGAAGUUCGUGGUCCACUAAAAUACUAUGCACGCAGUAUAACAUUCCAUAGAUGUGGAUUGGUACUCACCCCAACGCGCCAACACGAGUCCAUUCCACCAGACAGCUGCUCUCAGAGCAUCUCGCAGCCCACCCAGAACUCGUCGGAGAAUCCGCCUUGAAGCGGUUCGGCUUGGAAAACGGACAGAUUCCAUUCUUGUUCAAAAUCUUGUCUUUCGACAAGGCGCUCCCCGUGCAGAUCCAUCUUGACAAGCAUACCGAGGAACACAUAAAUUCAGAACAUCCCAUGGACUCAAACCAUAGAUCAGGAAUGGCUCUAGCCCUCUCCAAUUUCAGUACUCUCUGCGGUUUCCUCCCAACAUCCCAAGUAUCCGAGUUCCUCUCCUUCGUCCCAGAGUUCGCUUCCCUCUUCUCAGCCGAUAUCAUAGCACACUUCAAAUCAGUGGCGCGUUCGCCUGACAAAUCAGAACGCAAAGCAGCCCUCAAAGACCUGUUCUCAUGCUAUGCCCAGGUAGAUAAGGAAAAAGCUGCGGCGCAACUCAAACGUCUUAUAGAGCGAUAUCAAACUGGAAAAGAAGCCGACGAAGAGAAGGUUGUAAAAUCGCUCGUUUUGCGGUUGCAUGAGAUGUACCCUAACGAUAGCGGCAUCUUUUGCGCUUUCAUACUCAACUACUUCGAUUUAAAGCCUGGACACGCCUUCUCCGUCGCCACCGGGGAGCCCCACGCAUACAUCACAGGAGACAUGAUCGAAUGCAUAGCAACGUCCGACAACACCGUCCCCCUCGCUUUCUCCUCCUCAUCCAACCUCGACAUCUCCACCUUCCUCUCAAACGUCGCAUACAACCCAACCCCAGGCAAAACUCUCAUCCAACCCACAAUGUUCACCCGCGGGAGCACGCACACGUCCGGAUCGCUUCUAUACAACCCGCCCAUUGACGAACUGGCAGUGAUGCAAGUCAUCGUGGCGAAAGGAGGGGUUGAGAGCCAUCAUAAGCUGAGAGGGCCGAGCAUUGAUAUUGUGGUCGAGGGCGAGGGGACGGUAGUGUGGGCGGAGGGAGCGAAGAGGUUAGGGGUGAGGAAGGGGCAGGUGGUGUUCAUCGCUGCGGGGACAGAGGUCAAGUACUCGGCGCUUGAGACGGCGUUGAAGCUUUAUAGGGCUUUUGUGGAGGUUGCUUAGCGUUUAGGAUGGUUCGAUUUUGAUAUUUUUGCCUAGCCUGUGUUCUGUAGAGAAUCAUCAUGUAAGGGUUAUAUCCGUUGAUGAUCAUCCUUCUAGCGUGAUUGUUGGAGAGACUCUCCAAUAUCG